UGGGGAACUGGACAGGAAACCGAACCUUGGGGAAUAAAAAAAUUGCCCUGAGCUCAUACUACCACUGACUUGACGUGUCCACGGUUUGAUUGCUACGCGUGCACUUUCUGAGUACAGAACAUUGUGUUAAGUUUUGAUAAUGGGAAGAACCUACAUUGUAGAAGAGGCUGUUGGGCAAUAUCUUUCAAACCUUGAUCUCCAAGGAAAGACUUUUGUUUCUGGUCUUUUAAUAGGACAGUGUUCAUCACAAAAGGAUUAUGUGAUUCUUGCCACUAGAACACCACCCAAAGAGGAACAAAAUGAGAACCUCAAUCAUCCCAGAGCUAAGCCAGACAAUGUGGACGAAGAAUGGACCUCAGAGCAUGCCAACCAGGUUUCCAGAAUGCUCCCAGGAGGACUUAUAAUUCUUGGAGUAUUUAUCAUUACGACGUUAGAACUGGCAAAUGAUUUUCAAAGUGCGUUACGCAGACUAGUCUUUGCUGUGGAAAAGUCUGUGAAUAAAAAGAGACUAUGGAGUUUCACAGAAGAUGAGGUCUCAGAACGAGUGGCACUUCAUAUUUGCUCCUCUACAAAGAAAAUAUUGUGUCGAACUUUUGAUGUGUGUGAUCCAAAGAGUUCAGCAAGACCUGCAGAUUGGAAAUAUCAAAAUGGACUAUCAACUUCAUGGCCUUCUUUACAGUCUACAGUUCACAUUAAUAUUCACAUUCCACUCUCUACUACCACCGUCAGCUAUUCUCUGGAGAAAAACACAAAGAAUGGACUUACACGCUGGGCCAAGCAAAUAGAAAAUGGUGUAUUUUUGAUUAAUGGACAAGUUAAAGAUGAAGACUGUGACCUACUUGAAGGACAGAAAAAGUCUAGAGGAAGUGCCCAAGUGAUUCACCAUUCUUUUGAUGUCAAAGUUCUAACCCAAUUGCUCCUGAAUUCAGACCAAAGAUCCACAGCCACGGUCCAGAUCUGCAGCGGUUCUAUAAAUCUUAAGGGCACUGUGAAAUGCAGAGCUUAUGUUCACAGCAGUAAACCCAAGGUUAAAGAUGCUGUGCAGGCCAUCAAGAGAGAUAUAUUAAACACAGUUGCUGAUCGUUGUGAAAUACUAUUUGAGGAGCUGCUUUUGAAUGAAAAUCCAGGGAAAAAAGAUCCUGGAAAAGAGCUCCACAUCCUCCCACACCGAGUGUUUGUCCCCAUUCCAGGAUCCGCUGUAAUGUUCUCUGAUUACAAGUUUGGUGAUGAGUUAGCUGAAGAAAUCAGAGAUCAUUUUAUAGAGCUGUUAGAUCAAAGGAUUCAAUUAGAACAUUUGGAAGUUGCAGAGGAAAUAAAUACAGCUUGUGUGAGCUCCUCUGUGGACAGGCAACCUUCUUUGGGCAACACGGAUGAGGAUGAACAACCAACACAACCAAUGAAAACUGCGGUGGUAUUGAAAAUCCAGCAAAAUAUAGGUGUGAUUACAGCCUUUGUGGUUGCAGUCCUGGCUGCGGGCAUCUCCUUUCAUUACUUCAGUGAUUAGAGAGAGGCACAAAGAGCUUCCUCAUCAUCCAAAGACUGACCAGCAAUUAUGACUAAUAAAGAUGUAAACGGUCCAAUCUCCUUUAAGACAGUAGCAGCUGUUGCUGCUGCAUCCUUGCCUACUUGGUGUGUUUCUGACUCAGAUGCAAUCACCUGCUGCCUUGUUUAGGCUUGCUUCUAUUAUAGGUGGCCCAGAUUUCCAAAAAUAAAGUUAUGCACCUAGA